CGGGCCCGCCGCUACUACGCGACACAGCCGGUCCGUCGUCCAGUUUAGUAUUCGACUCGUCGUGUGUUGCGCGCGCUCGUCCGUUGCGAUCUUCGCCCGUGUGGAAAAAAUAAUAAUAAUAAUAACGCGCGCGCGUUUACGUGACUGUGUGUUUUUCGCGUGUGAGUACUACGUGUGUGUAUAUGUGUGUUUUUUUUCGGUCCGACCGCAUUUAAUAUUAUUGUAUACGGUAGACGGAGCAGUCGUUUUACCUGCGGUCCGUCCGUCUUUCGUGUAAGACGCGCACGUCACACCGCGUACGUACGUGUGUGUGUGUUUGUGUGUGUGCGCGCGUGUGGUGUUUGCGCGUGCUGGUUAAAGUUUUUUCUCCCGGCCUGAGAUCCAACGGGAAGACGAGAUACAUCAACCCAGCUACGUUUGAGACCGCAGCCACAACCGUUAUUGGGGUACGACUAACAACAUAGUCAUACCCGUGUACACGAAGUCCACCGCUGUAUCGUUACCUCUGUACUGCUGCUGCGACGACCACGACGAGACACGCCGCAUCGGACGGGGCACGUCGUACACUGCACGUUUUUGCGCGCCGAAAUGCGACGUCCCGAUCAGCUGGCGUGCAGCAGCAGCAGCAGCACUAUCAGCAGCAGCAGCAGCAGCAGCAACAACAGCAGCGUAUCGAGCACAAGCAGUAGUGGCCACCGCCGUUAUCGUACCGUCGUCGCCGCCGCCUCCACCGCCGUCGCCGUCGUCGUAGUAGUUAAUACGCUGCUUUGCGAAAGAUAAUAACCGCCGCGCCGCCGCCGUCGCCACCGCCGCCGUUGUCGUCGUCGUCGUCGUCGAUCAUUCUAUCAAUUAUCUUUUUUCAAUAAAAAUAUAGAUUACCUCUAUUACACCUAUGUACGAGUGUGCCGCCGCUCGUUUUAAAUGAAUGUUUUAAAAAAAAAAAAUAUUUCUUUUUCCUGUUGAAAUCGUUCUACGACAGCUGCAACUUCCUGUAUACGCAUUGACAAUUAUACAUGUGUGUAUAACGUUUACUUAACGUACCUAUUUGCAAUGAUUUUUGUAUUUUUGUCGUUCUCGCCGUUUUGUUGUUGAUACCAUUAUACUGCAACGUAUAUAUCUAGCUAAAAUUCAUAUAUUUUCGAAUAAGCUUAAUUUUUAUAAAAUAUUUUUCAACAUCGUGUUAACUGGUUGCAGUGCUUUAUAUACACAGUAAUAGUUUUAAACGGUCUACUGUUAGUAUACAAAAGCAGCCACAACGGCGAUAAACAACUACAUCAAUAACAACAGCAGCAGCAGCAGCAACAGCAGCGACUCUAGCAACAUGGCUCAACCCAGGGUGAGUGUUUAUUACGACGAACCGGGUAUACACCAACAGCAACAGCAGCAACAGUACAUGGAUGCGGUAGUCGGUGCGGCCGCCGCGGCUGCAGCCGGUAACGGCGUAGUGCCACCCGGCGUAGUGCCUGGCGGCGGAGUGCCUGGUGGACUUGGGCUCGCCGGCACCGGCGGCAUGUACGACCAACACCAACAGCAACAGCAUCUCGCCCAUCGGGGCCUCCAAAACAUGGCCGCAGCGGCAGCAGCGGCUGCCGCGGCUGCAGCCGCACAGCACCACCACCACCAUCAGCAACAGCAAGCGGCGCACCUCCAGCAACAGCAGCAGCAACAACAGCAGCAACAGCAACACCCUGUGUCAGCCAUGUUCCAUUCGGCGGCCGCGGCCGCAGCGGCCGCCACACCGCCGAACCAUGUAUCGCCGGCCGCCGGCGGUGGUACGCCCGCCAACAAUCACACAUCCGGUGGUGCGUCCGUGGUGGUGCCCGAAGCACAGAAACGCGACAAGGAUUCAAUUUACGGGCACCCGCUGUUCCCGCUCCUGGCAUUAAUAUUUGAAAAAUGCGAACUUGCCACGUGCACGCCCCGGGAUCCAGGCGUAGCGGGCGGUGACGUGUGCUCGUCUGAGUCCUUCAACGAAGACAUCGCCGUGUUUUCCAAACAGAUACGUCAAGAGAAACCGUUCUAUAUGGCUGAUGCUGAAGUUGACUCAUUGAUGGUGCAAGCAAUUCAGGUGUUACGGUUUCAUCUAUUGGAGUUAGAAAAAGUUCAUGAACUGUGUGACAACUUUUGUCAUCGUUACAUUAGUUGUUUGAAGGGGAAAAUGCCAAUUGAUCUCGUAAUCGACGAACGGGAUUCGUCGUCGUCAGCGUCCGCAGCAGCUGCUGGUGGAGGUGGUGGAAAGUCCAUGUCUGAACUUGGAGGCUUAGGCGGUCUAGGAGGUGCUACGAACGGCAACAACGACGGCCGUAGUAACGCAGAUUCAACAUCGCACACAGACGGAGCGAGUACGCCAGACGUGAGACCACCUUCGUCUUCAUUAUCGUACGGUGGACACGGGAACGAUGACCGAUCUCCCGGUUCGGGAGGCACGCCUGGGCCGAUGUCACAGCAACCGGGCUCGCAGCAAAGUCUAGACCACGGCGAUCCUGAAUUGGGUAAAUGGUGUCAAAGGCGAGAUUGGCCUCCUCCACUAGACGCUCGCGCGGCAUCAGCUGCGGAAGCGGCGAAACGUGGUCUUCUGUAUCAAUCUGUGUUCCUCGGCGGUAGCCCAAAUGAUUACAACUCGUGUGAUGCGAGUAAUGCCAGUGUCGGCAGUGGCGAUGGUACGGGAGAGGAUGACGAUGAUCCCAGCGGUGGAAAAAAGAACCAAAAGAAAAGAGGUAUAUUUCCAAAAGUGGCCACAAAUAUACUCCGAGCGUGGUUAUUUCAGCAUCUAACGCAUCCUUACCCAUCGGAGGAUCAGAAAAAACAACUUGCUCAAGACACCGGUCUGACUAUACUUCAAGUCAACAAUUGGUUUAUAAACGCUCGACGGAGAAUAGUCCAACCUAUGAUCGAUCAGUCUAACCGUGCUGUAUUCUCACCGCACGCCGGCCCCAGUGGAGCGUACAGCCCCGAGGCAGCCGGUCUCGGAUACAUGAUGGACGGACAGUCUCAGAUGCUCGCAGCGGCAGGUCACAGACCCCCGGGCGACCCGGCCUAUCACAACGAAUAUCAUCAUUACCCGGCCCAAUACUACGGUCAUUUGUAGUACCGUAAAUUACAAUCUGAAUUCUAGUACUCGUGUUUCAUUACAAUGAUUGAUAACAAUCUGGUUGACUGAUGUAUAUUUUUUUCACUGGUCGCUAUUAUUAUUUUAUUUUAUUUAUUAUUAUUAUUAUUAUUAUUACUAUUUUUUUUUCAUUAUUUUUUUUUUUUUUUUUUUGAAUUAUGUAUAAUAUAAGACUAUACGGAUUGUUUUUUUCCUUUUUAAUAACGAUUAAUUCGCCGGUGUCGUAAUUAAAACAUUAUUAUUGUCAAUAAUUAUUUACAAACGAUAACAUUCGAUUCAAACAAAAUAAUAAUAUUAUGUCACGCGUCGCGUCGAUCCAUUUCGCGUUAUGUAUUAUAAUAGUGCACGACAAUACAAUAUUGUAAUAUGUGCAUUGUACACGCAUAAUGUUAUUGAUUACGAUGUAAUGCGGUUAUUGUCUAGCUGUAAUUUAGACCUAUUUUUUUUUAUGUUUAGUUGACGUAAACACGUUAGUCGUGUAUAGUAGUACGUAAGUAUUAUAUACAUGUAUAACAAUGUAAUAAUGUGUCCCCGCGUAGGACAAUGUUAAAUGUACUCGCGUGUUAUGUAUAUAUAGGUAGGUACCAUGCAUUACGAUGGCUAUCCAAUAUAUUAUGAUGGUAAAGCACAUUAAUGUGUGUACGCCCGCUUGAUGUACGCAUAUUACCCGUCAACUCGAAUACGAUAUUAUUGUAAACGGCAUUUUUAAUCUUACAUAAUAUUAUUAUAGAUCACGAGAGAAAAUUCGGGCGUCGCGUCAUUUCGAAUUGUAAUCAGCUGCAGGUACAAUACAAAAAUGUACAGAGCACACUUUAGCCAGACGAGCUAUAUUAUAAUAUGAUUACCUACAAUACCUAUAUGGCUGUAUGAUAUUACACACACACAUAUAUAUAUAUAAUAUAGUUGCAGCAUUGCCUAUAUUAUUAUAUUGUCGACUAUCUUUGUUUUAUCAUUAUUCGUUUCUCGGCAGCUAUAGGUACACGGCAUUUGACCGUUUUCGAUUUUUUAUGACUUUGUUUCUAACUAGACCCUUGGAGUCAUGGUCUCCAGCAUCCGCGGAUGCUCGUCGUUGCUACGCAGUAAUUUAUAUUUAGCUGUUCCAUUUUUGACUUUGUUACGUAAAACGUAAUAAGAAUAAUAUAAUAUGUCGACAUUUUUAAACCUAAACUUGCCGUCAUCACAAAAUGACAAAAUGACACAUGUUGAGUAUAUAUUGUACUAUCUCGGAUCUUUUUUUUAUCAAAAAAAAAAAAAAAA